GAGGGAGGGAAUGGCUUCCGGAAGGGGCUGAGAGUGAGAGGGGCGGACGGUGCUUGUUAAACAUGUCUGGAACCCGCCGCCCCGGCGUGUCCAAGAGGAAAAGGAGUUGGUGUAUAGAACACCCAUUUUUUCUAGAAGAGAGGUCACAGCAGUUGAGAAGGGCAAAUUUCAAGACAGUGAAAGCAACUGACUCUCUCUCUAAAGCAUGGCUCAAGUGUGGAGAAGGAUUUCAGGACACCUCUGAGACCCUGCCAUUAGCAAGCGAAAAGACAGAUAUUACUGAAAAGAACCUGGAAUUACCUCCAAGACCAAAGACAGAAACUACAAGUAAGAAUGCUAGUGAACUUGCUAAUAUAACAUGGAGUUCGAGUGAAAGCAAUUUCUCAGAUGAAGAUAAGACACUCCCUGAAUUACAAAGAGACAGUGGGCCUGGCCCUAGAGCCGACAGGCCUGGUGACAGCAUUGUCUUAUGUCCAGAAGACAGUGAAGAUGAAUUACAUGUUAUUGACUGGGAGAUUAACAGUGACACAGAAGAUCCUGGUGGGCCUAGUGAGUGUGAAGAUGAUGAGGGAGCCCUGGACAUUUCAGACUGUGCUUCUUUUGCAAGUGGUCAUUCUCUGACAAGUGAUGACAGCCUACCUGAGCCCCCUGAGCAAAUUUCUACAGAAAUUUUGGAGUAUUCAUCAGAUAGUGAAAGAGAAGAUGACUCAGAGCAUGCCCUGUUCAUUGAUUCAGAAUCGCCUCACAAAUACCAGGUGGAAUUUAAAUCAGAUGUAAGACAGUUUUUGGAUAAUCAGACUGACUCAGGAGCAAAUUCAGCUGAGCCCACAUUGAAAACACCCCAUAAAUAUACGGCCAAGUUUUCAAAGACUCCAGAAAAUUCAACAACAAAGAAGAAGUUUUUAAGAGGUCGACUAGCAGAACGACUCCAAGAACUACAGAAUCGAGAGAGAUCUGCCAUUUCAUUGUGGAGACAUCGAUGUGUUGCUUACCAAAUGACACCAUUAGGCAGAAAAUCUGGUGUAUUAACUGUGAAAAUUCUAGAACUACAUGAAGAAUGCACCAUGCAAGUUGCAGUAUGUGAGCAGUUAGCAGGGCCGCCAAUCACCAGCGCUCCUAGAGGAACAGCUACUAGACCUGGAGCCUACCUGAAGGUUCUCUUUACCAGAGAAACUGCAAAUCACUUAAUGGGGCAGCCCCAGGACAUCAUUUACAUCUUCCCUCCUUGGCAAAAACUUCUUAUCCCAAAUGGAAGUUUCUCUAUUAUUCUAAAUACUUAUUUUUGUCAGAAAGCUAUUGCAAAAGAAACAGUGCAUGAAGACCUGUACAGUCAGGACACAUCUCUUCCAAGGAGAAAUAUAACUUUGGCCCAGAGGUUUAGAAUCAAGGGCAUAACAAACAGUUCAUCCAGCAGCCAGACUGGAUAUGAUACCCUGGCCACCACUGGCACAGACUGGACCCACGGACAUGACAAGGCAGAGCAACAUCUUAUCGUUGGUGCUCCCCUGAGGGAUUCUCUUCUGGACAUUGUGGAAAGCCAAAGAGCUGGCCCAUGGUCUGGGGUCAGGGUCCGAGUAGUAGUGCAGAGAGUUUACUCUCUUCUCAGCAGAGAUGGUGCCAGGAGCCAACACAGGCUCACAGGGGAGCAUGCAGGAUCACCUGGAGCAUGGUCCUGCCUUCUAGUGCAGGAUGCCUGUGGGAUGUUCGGGGAAGUGUACUUGAACAGCACCCUCUGGAAGGACAGACAGUUAGAAGGGAGGUCCUGCAGCAUGUCGGGAGUGAAGGUUCUACAGAAAGCUACAAGAGGAAGUGUCUCUUGUUCCAGGACACCAGGGCUCUUCAGUUUAAUUGACAGUCUGUGGCCCCCAGUGAUACCUCUGAACAAGCCUUCCUGUGACGAGCCCAGUGGAGAGCAGACAAAGACUUAUCUGCCUCCUCCUGUCUUCUGUUAUAUCUUCUCUGCACAUCCAAAUCUGGAACAAAUUGAUGCAAUUGAAGGAGACACCAUUUCCAAGCUUUACAAGCCUCCAGUUGUCCACUGUUUAAAAGAAAUCCUCCAGACUAAUGAACAUGGUACACGUUGCAGCUUCUAUGCCAGAGUGAUUUAUCAAAAGCCACAGCUAAAGAAUCUUUUGGCACAAAAGGAAAUCUGGCUGGUGGUGACUGACAUUACCCUACAAAUACAAGAUGAAAGGGACCACUCUCUUCCCAAAACCCUGCCAGUCUAUAUAGCCCCCUCAUGUGUGCUGGGCCCAGAGGUUGUAGAAGAACUUGCCAGGCCGGCAUCUCACACCUUACUUUUCAGGGAUACUCUUCGAGACAAUGGUCAGAUUGUUUGUAUUGAACGGACAGUCCUCAUACCCCAGAAACUUCUCUUGUGUGUACCUUCUUCCUGUGACUUGCCUGGCCCAGUGACAGUAGAUGAACUAAGCCUCCUCACACCUGUCAACUCCAUUUGCAGUGUGCAAGGUACCGUGGUUGAUAUAGAUGAGAGCACUGCUUUCUCAUGGCCUGUGUGUGACCAGUGUGGCAAUGGGAGAUUGGAACAGAAGCCAGAAGAUGGAGGCUCCUUCUCCUGUGGGGACUGUUCCCAACUGGUCCUGUCACCUCUUCAAAAGAGACAGCUGCAUGUCUUUCUGGACUGCCCCACAAGACCUGAGAGUACUGUGAAGGUCAAGCUGUUGGAGAGCAGUAUUUCUUUACUUCUGAUGUCCGCUGCUUUCAAGGAUGGGAUCCUAUUGUAACACCACAAGGAUUUAUGUGUUAACACAUACCCACCUUGCCACUGCCACUCACCCAUGUAAUGCAGGGGCAGAGACGUUCCUGUCUGGAAGUGAGAGAUGCUGGAAAUCUUCCUUCUUGGCUUUUGUUAUAGUCACACAGCCUGGAGACCAGAGUCCUUCUUCAUGACUUCCCAGUCACAAAACAAAAUUGCUAAAGACAUGCUUUUUUAUUACAUUUAUUGAUUUGUGUAUUUAUUAAUGAGUGUGUGUGUGUGUGUGUGUGAUGACCAGCACCUUUACCUGCCAAGCCAUCUCGCUGGCCCUGUGCCACACUUUUUAAUUUUUACUGAUAGAGCUGGAUUCUGAAUGACUGGAUUAUCAUUGUUAUUAUUUCUCAGAGCUUUGUUGCCUGCCUUGAGAAUUACUAUAGCAAGACUUAGUAAACCGUGGCAUGUGUCUCCAAGAAGAGAAUUUUGAAAGUUGGUCCUCAGAGCAGGACUCCAGCCAGUCCUCUGAAAUGGCACUUACCUUGUAAAAGCCACUUAAGGGCACCGCAGGGGCUGGGAAUAUAGCUCACUUGGUGGGGCACCUAACCACCAUGCACAGGCUCAGACCAGAAGUUCAAGAUGACUCUUAACUACGUAGCAGGUCUGAAGCCAGCCCUUGGCUAUGUGAGACUCUGUCUAUAAAUAAGUGCACUGUAUGUAGCUCAUGGGAUUGAUAACCCAGAACUAAGGCCAAGGCUGUCAGGGUUUAGAUGAAAUUGGAAACUGCUUAAAUACGCUCUGAGGGUUAUUGGUCUGAGCUGUGGUUCUCAGCCCUGACCUCACAGGGUGCCACAGCUUCUGUCCCCCUGGUAUAAAGCACACCAGCUUUAAAGCCCUUUGGUGGCCUUGACCUCUGACCUGGAACUUUUACCUGAGCUGUGGCUAACACUGUCAAUGUUUCUGAAUAAAAGAGUCAUGCUUUGACACCAAGUUAGAGGACACAGAAGCUGAUAUUUUUCUUAUUGUAUAAGUCUUUAGUCACCAUGGCCUAAGAAUCAAGCCCAUUGCAUUGCUGACACAUGGUCCUCAGUGCCUCUGCCUUCAUAAGGGACUCACCACAAAGGUGUCCCACCAAGGUAGCUUUUAUCUCUGCAGAAAGGAACAGUUAGUAGUUGGUGUCACCCCAGAUAGGAAAGCAUGAGACAGGGACUUGAAGAACUUACAGUGUUUAAAGGCAGGUAGGGAACAGUGUCUGUUGGCUGAUAUAAGAUGAGAGAAUGAAGACACUGGACCAGAACUAGUGAACUGGAGCUUUCCAGUCUGAUGUAGAUGCUCAGAUGGAUGCUUUAAAAUGGUGGGUUGGGAUUUUCGAAGAACACAUCCUCUGUGGAGACAGUUGGGGGAAAGCACGGAAAACCUUGCUUGGAUGAAUAACUAGAUGAGCCCAGCCUCCUAUGUAAGCAGACUUAAGACUCACAACCAUCAAUAGCCACACAUGUGCAUAGAGGCUGAUGUCUGCCCUCUGACUCAGUAGCCACCACAGCACUGAUGGGGCCCUCUGUAAGAAAAUGUCUUUGGGGACCCAGACACCAGGAACAUUGGCAGAAUCCUCCCUCCUUUCAUUCCUGUUGGCUGAGGUAUCUUGUUUCUGCAACACACUUCUUAACCAGAAGAAAAUGCUCUUGUAGCUGAAAACCUGCUGGUCAAGCUUUUAAAAGGCAUGUGGUCAUGUAUGUAUUCCUGUAUGUGGAAGUGCAGGUGUACAUGCACCUGUAUAUGAGUCUCCUUGGACACUGGCUGUACUGUGCGUGCGUGUGUGUGUGUGUGUGUGUGUGUGUGUGUGUGUGUGUGCAUGAACAUGUAUGUGUGUCAUGUACUUCUACAUGAGGAAUCCACUUGGACACUGGCUAUACAUACAAAUACAUUUUACCUGUGUAUGUACUUGUACGUACAUGUGCACAGAUAGUAAGUAAAAUAACAAAGAGAGAUCAUAGCUCUUGGAGUCACCUCUGUAGGUGCUCUAGUUUCAUAGUCCACAUCCACAAAGGAGCUAUCCAUGCUUGGAGCACAUUUUAGCAAGCUGCCCUCAGCUCUGCUCACAGGGACCACUAGCAAGACCUUUACCUCUGACCUGGGGAGGAGCCUAACAGAAGAUGGCAAAGGCCUAUGUGCAGACACAGCUGCAAGUCAUCCACUCUGGAUUCUGUGGGUCUUCUGGUGAGAAUGCACAGCCACAACGUCCAGAGAAUCAAAUUAGGGGUCUCCGUAAAAACCAUAUUCCAUUCCCUGGAGCAAAUGUACUGUUUCUGGUUAAGAUACACGGAUGUCACUGUGAAUGUGAAAGCAAUGGGAUUAACUGUUCUUCUUGUUGUUCAUUAGUGGUUACAUUUUAGUAGUGGAGGAUUGAAAUCUGUUUCUUCAACUUUCAGAAAAGGCACACAUAUAUUGUAUCUAAAAAAAAAUUGACAUGGGAUAACUCAGCAAAAUUGUCAUUACAAGUAAUGGCAUGCAGAAAAACUUGGGUUCCAUCCCAUCACUCAGUUUUUCUCAAAAAGACAUGAAAUUAAAUAAAUAAUUAAAAUCGGAAACAUACAUUUUCAUAUAUGUAGAUACCUAUUCAUAUGGACAGUACAUGAUUUGCUGGUGUCCGUGUUUUAAAUUCAUUCUGUUGAUUUCCCCAAAGCACAUAUGACUUAUAAAACACGAGUCGAAGGCUCACUCAUGGGGAAUAGAGCUAAACCUAACGACUUACACAGAAAGGAUUUUUCACUGACCUUUAUGAAAUCCAAAUUGCAUGCUUUUGAGCGGUGCGUGGUGUUUACACCUGAGAGGUAAGGCAGGAGAAUCAGGAAGCCAAGCUUGUCUUCAGCUACGUAACAAUCUCUAGGUUAGCCUGAGCUACAUCCCAUGGGACCUUGACUCGAGAAAACAAAAAAAUCCAUACUUUUAUAGGAGAAGAACAUGGGAAUGCUGGGGUUGUCGCUUUCACACUUACACAGGCAUUGGUUAAGGAAAACAGUAAGAGGCACUGACGGAGCUCUCAGCUUCCCUCCCUUGCCAUCCUUCUGCCAAGUAAUGGUGACCGGAUCCUGGUGCUCUCCCCAGACCUCCCUGUCAGGCAGACUGUGAGCUUGCCAUUCAUACAGCAAACCUACAGAGAAGCACCUGCCAAGUGUCCAGUCUUCCUCUCUCGACCAGCACUUCUAAUUUUUCCGAGCAGGCUAUUGAACCACACUGUAGACCUUGUUCGUUGGCAAAGUAUUAAGUAAGCUACAUUGGGAAAUUGAGUCAGCAUAUGUCAUUCUUACAUGCCAAACUGAUCCUGAUGAUUACUCUACAAAACAAAGCAUCCAGCACGCUCCACACAGAUGUUCUCCAUACAGUCCCUUCUGGGUUUCAUUGGAAUGGUCCAUCUCUGCUCCACUGGGCAUCAGCUGGUACCCUCAAGGCAGGGCUGCAGCCACUGAAGCCUCUCCAGCCAGGGCUGUUGGCCCAACUUCCUCACAGGACUGACUGGGCUGGCCACCUUUCCUAACUGAGCGUAAGGCAUCUAUCUCUAUGUCCCUUCCGCUGCACUGUAUCCCAGCCAUAAGUUUGAGAACAGAAUCAGUAUGUCUGGCUCAGACAUACUCAUCAAACUAUGGGCACAGGUACAAUGCCCUUAGGACCCAAAGCUGUGUUAGCUACAUUCUCUGCCCUCUCCAGCUUCCAUCUUCUUGGCCGAAAGUGGCCUGAGUUCCUUGUCGCUGCCUUGUCCAAAGGCCAGGCUAGGGUGCCAUCACACUCCUCUGCACUGGCCAUCACCUUCCCCAGUCUCCUCCUCAAGCUUGCACUUUUAUUUUUAGCCCUGCCCUCACUGAAUAUACUCGGCAGUUAGAUCCAUGAAAGCCAAGCCAGGGCACAGUGACACCAGGGACUGACCAGUACCUGUGUCUGUCUAGAGAUGAAAUUCUCCCAAGAUUAACUAUGUGGAUAAAACCUCCAGUCACAUCACCACAGCACAAAAAGAAAUGUUUACCCCAAUGUAACUCAAGAAGAAAUAGAAUCCAAUUGAAGAGGGAAGUUUGGGGCAAGCACCAGGAAAUCCUUUGACCAGAAGUGUUGCUAGAUUGGGGAAGUGUCCCCAACGGAAGUGGGAGACAUAUGCAAGCCAAAGGCCCAUCCCCCAUGGAAGAACAGCACUUCCUCUGCAUAUUGUCUUCCAAAUCCUGUCCUAGGCCAGUUUAUCCUGGCAGCCACUAAAAACAACAAGACUCAACUGUCAUAAUAAAGUGGUUCAUUCAUUUGCUAUAUAAUAAAGGGGAUUUUUAUAAUCCACACCCCCAGCCUUCCCACUGGAUGGAAGGCUGGAGCUUAUGGAAGGAAGGGCCUUUGUCCUGGCUGUGGCUUUGUUGUUGGGAACAGACUGUCCAGGAAUCCAGGACUGUUUAUGUUAACCAGAAUGCUUCUAUCACUGCAGAAUUAUGAAGUAGAGAACAUCCUUGGGAAGGAGAUGGGACCGUUACUCUGCUUUGUCCAGUCCGUCACUACACAGCAGACCAGCUGCAUCACUCUGGAAGAGAUUGAGCUUCUGAGUACAGCGGGAGCCACUGCUGCUCCGCCUCCUCCUCCCUGACAUCUGCGCCCUUGGCAGUGAGGCCAGGGACUUGAUCUGGGGAAUCCGAAUCGGGUUAACUCUGUAGUGUUUUUAUAGUUUUAAGUUUAGUGCGUUUCUUUUCUUUCCUUUUUUUUUUUUUCUGGUAAAGAGGAUAUUUUGUAAAUUAAAAUUCAAAAUACCUCUGUUCGAUCUUUUUUUCUACUUUACCUUCCUACAAAUUUGAGGACAUUUCUUUGAGUGUUUCUCCUGUCUUCUUUGUCUUCAUUUUGUGCUGCUUAGGCAUUGUUAUUGAUCUAUUAGGAAAUGUGCUUUGUUGUAGUUUAAACUGUUUACAAUUAGCAAUAUGUAUGUGGUUUUCUUUGCAGUAUUUAAUAUUCUCUGUAAGACUAUUCUGUAAAGCUUCAACCAAUAUCUCAUGUUGAGAUAUUACUGUUCUGUUAACAAUAAAUAAAUGUCCAACA